AUGGUAUGCUCCGCGCAGUUUCCGUUUGGCGGCGGCGCUGUUUCCGGUGCUGUGAGAGAGCUGCAGUGCGCGCGGUCCACCCCGACGACAUGCUGUCCCGUUCCCGCAGUCUCACAUGGAGCCUCGGCCGCUCGAUCAGCGCCCUGCGGCAGGGUAACAGUGUUCUCGCAAGACGCGCUGCUUCAGGUAUAUCAGCGAGUCAGUGUGUCACCUUCAAGAACAGCCCGAGGUGUGAGAGGCGGUCGAGCGUCUAUCAAAUCAGAUACUUCAACACCUCAGCCGCACACAGGAAUGAAGUUAUUACAGUGAAAACCCCGGCGUUUGCGGAGUCUGUCACCGAGGGAGACGUCAGGUGGGAGAAAGCUGUUGGAGACACCGUCUCUGAAGACGAGGUCGUCUGUGAGAUUGAGACCGAUAAGACGUCGGUGCAGGUUCCCUCUCCAGCUGCAGGAGUCAUCGAGGAGCUGCUGGUUCCUGACGGAGGGAAAGUGGAAGGAGGAACUCCUCUGUUCAGACUCAAGAAAGGAGCUGGAGCUGCUAAGACGACAGCAGCAGCAGCACCUCCUCCUGCAGCAGAGACUCCUCCUCCUCCUCCUGCUCCUGCUGCUGCUCCUGCUGCUGCUCCUGUCGGAGGACCCAUCCCCACCAGCAUGCCCCCUGUGCCCCCUGUGCCGGCCCAGCCCAUCCAGUCCAAACCAGUUUCUGCCAUCAAACCCACUGCAGCUCCUGCUGCUGCUGCUGCUGCUGACGCCGGAGCCAAAGACGCCCGAUCAGAGCACAGGGUGAAGAUGAACCGCAUGAGACUGCGCAUCGCUCAGCGGCUGAAGGAAGCGCAGAACACCUGUGCCAUGCUGACAACCUUCAAUGAAGUUGAUAUGAGCAACAUCACAGAGAUGAGGAAACAGUAUAAAGAUGCUUUCCUGAAGAAACAUGGCAUCAAACUGGGCUUCAUGUCUGCGUUUGUGAAAGCAGCUGCCUACGCUUUGACAGACCAGCCUGCCGUUAACGCUGUCAUCGAUGACUCAACCAAAGAGAUCGUGUAUCGGGAUUAUGUGGAUAUCAGUGUGGCAGUCGCGACACCGAAGGGGCUGGUGGUUCCCGUGAUCCGAGGCGUGGAGGGAAUGAACUUCGCAGACAUCGAGAAAACGAUUAACGAGCUGGGAGAGAAGGCUCGUAAGAACGAGCUGGCUGUGGAGGACAUGGACGGCGGCACCUUCACCAUCAGCAACGGAGGAGUGUUCGGCUCCAUGUUCGGCACUCCCAUCAUCAACCCGCCGCAGUCGGCCAUCCUGGGCAUGCACGGCAUCUUUGACCGGCCCGUGGCCAUCGCUGGGAAGGUGGAGAUCCGGCCCAUGAUGUACGUGGCUCUGACGUACGACCACCGCUUGAUCGACGGCAGAGAGGCCGUGACCUUCCUCAGAAAGAUCAAAUCAGUGGUGGAGGACCCUCGCGAGCUGCUGCUGGACAUGUGACCGGCUCUCAUCUCCACCCACAAGCCCCAUCUGUACACUAGGGACGGCCGCGUCAGGAUUCGCAUUGAUUAGCUUCAUGUUGAGUUGUUUUAUCAUGUCUACGUCUGCUGGGUUUUCACGCUGUUAUGGAGGAAAGCGGUCCUGUCAUUGUAUGUACAAAUCAGCGCACAAAACAUGCCCUGAGCAGUUAUUUGUUUCUAAAUGGAGAAGACAUGAUAGUAAAAUACAGUAUAUGAUAUAUAUUUAAUCUCUUGGGUGUAAAGCGAUCGGCGCAGCCGAGCAGAAACACUAUGUUCCAGUGAGUCGCAGGUGCUUGUGUUUGUACACCAGACCUCGACGCUUCCCGCACAACUCCAGACCAUCAGAUCCUGUCUGCCUGUGGAAAAAAACAAAACUAUAUGAGAUUUUUAAACAAUAAAAGCAAUGCUGAAAUGCA